GUAUGACGGUGUGUGAAAAAUUAUAUCAUACGGGAAAUUAAAACCGGUAUACCGGUUUACCAUCCAGCUCUACACUGGACCCUUAACGGCUCCCCGGGCACCUGUCAUGGGCAGCCCACUGCGCCCUAUAUACAGGGAGGGGUCAAAUCCAGAGACAAAUUUCCCCUUCCGGGAUGAAUAUAGUAUAAUAAUAAAUACAAUUUCAAAAAAAAAAAAAAAAAAUUAUAAUGUACCUUCAGCCAGUACUCAUGUUCACCGAGCAGAUCCUGAAGGCAUCAUAAUGUAAGUGAACCUCCAUUGUUUACAAAGUAACAUUAUCGGAGAUCAGAGAUGUUAAAUAAAAGCAGAAGUGAAGGACGAGGACGGAGAGACGUUAGUGAAGAGGAACUAAACCACAAACUGCAGCUUCUUAUCACGUCCUGGAAGGUCUAACUUCAGUCCACAUCCAGUCGGCCCUGUUCUGUUUUGACGGUGUGUUUCCUGUCCAGGAUGGCGGAGGCGGCAGCAUUGGGCGGACUGAAGCAGUGCCGACUGGCUCAGGAUCAGCUGGAGGACGCCAUCAACGGCGUCAUGAAGGCGGAGCGACAGCUGAGAGAAAACACCAGAGAGGUGCGCUGUGAUCUCCAGAGCAGUGUGAGUCGUCAGCAGGAGGCUCUUCGCUGUCGAGAGGUUUGGCUGCUGGGACAGAUCGAGCUGCUGGAACAAGUCAAGACUGAGACUCUGCAGCAGCAGCUGCACCGUCUGCAUUGGCUCAGAGGACAGUUUGAUGUGAUCGUCCAUCAGCUGCAGAACUCCAACAGCAGCAACGACCUGAACAGCCAGCUGACCGGCUGCCUGGAGAAGUUGUCCUCUCUGAGUCUGACACCUGAGGAAACACCUGAGAUGAGUUUCCAUGCCGACGCUCGCUCUCUGAGGGAGGCCAUCACCUCGUUCGGCCGCAUCACGGCUCAGCUGGUGGAGGGUGUGUCCUCUCAGAACUGUCCAAUAGCUGCCAAGAAACAGAAGAUGGAGGUCGGAUCUCUAAGCGACUGGCUGAUGGGAACUCCUCCUUCAAGCAGCGCUCCUAUUUGUUACCAGUCCAGCAACAAGCCUCAGGAUUGGCUGACACCCGAGGACAGAAAGACUUCCUGUCCCGUCCUGGUCUCUGAGGACUUCCUGCAGGCCUGGGGUCAGAUCAGGGACCUGGAGUUCUGGAUCCUUCAGGACCAGGUCGAGACCCCCGUCAGCAGGGAGCGCACCGUCAGCAGCUGCAGCUCCUCCUUCUCCAUCGAGAAGAUCGACGAAUCAGAGUUCACCGUCGGUCCUGAGGAGGAGGAGGAGGAGGAGGAGGAGCUGAGUGACUGGCUCAUCACCCCCCCCACCGAUACCAUGUCAGACGCAGAGCGGUGGCGUCGGGUGUUGAAGCCGUUCGAUGACGUCUGGUCCUCCAGUGAUUGGCUGACGGGGUCCAGACGCCCCCCCGCCGAUGACUGCUCCUCCUGCUGCCAGACCACUGAGGCCCUGGAGAUAGAGAACCUGGGCUGGCUCAAGUGCCUGAAGGCCCCGCCUACUUCCACCGCCACUUCCCCCCCCGUGGCCCUGGAGGCAUGGCUUCAGCAGGCGGUGCCGGUGCAGCAGACCUGCAGAGCCAACGAGGUCUGCUCCUCGUUCUCCGACUGCGUCUGUGAGGAGAACUGUGGGAGAGGAGCUCUGAACCUCUGGCUGCUCCACCAGGACGGGAGGGACAAGAACGGGGUCCCUGUAGGAGCCCCGCCUACAUCUAACGGAGUCAUGCCCAUCGCCAAGGACGCCCCGCCAACCCUGCACCGCAGAGAGCAGGACCAAAAGGUUCAGGCCAUCCUGGAGGCCUGGCUCCACCCCACCGACACCUCGUCCCUCUCUGGCUGGGCUCCUGAGGAGGAGAAGGCCAGCAGGGAGGACCACAGAGACCAGAUCUCAUCUCCUUUCCUUUGCCCUCUGGAUCCUGGUCUCUGGGUGCUUCCAGGACAGACUCCGGGGUCAGGAGGUCAGACCCUCCCAGUAGCAGAGGAGGACAAAUGGCUGCUGAGGAAGAGGAGUCAGGCUCAGCUCCUGGCGCUGCCGUCCGUCUGUGACCUGUUCACCUGUAUGAAAGUGGGCGGAGACAAAGAGAAGUGGCUGUUCAAAGCUCCUGAACAGAUGUGACGACGAUGAUGCUUCUUCUUCUUCUUCUUCUUCUUUAACGCUGAUCAGCGAACACGAACUACAACAGUCAAAUCAUGGACUCCUUCUUUCCUGUGACAUCACUGAGCUCUCCUCCAAUCAGGAUCAAGAACCCACUGAUCAAUAUGAUUCAGUGAGACUCAAGAGCUCCAGAGCUUUCAGCUGCGUCUCACUGUCUUCAUCAGAAAACAUAUUUUAAUGUUUAUGAUCUUUGAUUAGUUUAUGAAACGUCCUCAUCACAGAAUAUUAAUCCAUUAAUUGAUUAUCAAAGAGUUCCCAAUUGAUUGAUUGAUUAAUAGUUAUUGAUCUGAUCACCUGUUGAUUAAUCAACAGGUGAUCCUGACAGGAGAGGGGGCGGGGCCUGUAUGGGGUGGGGCUAAACAGGUGGUGGGCGGAGUUGACUUUUUUCAUGAAGUAGCCUUUGUUUUUAUGAUUUCAACGAUUUCUUUAAUUUAGUGGAAUGUUGCUUUUCUUUUUCUGUUGUUUCCUGUGAAGCUGCUGAGCUCAGAUCUUCUUCCUGUCCGGUCUGCACAUGCUCAGUAGUGUUUCACUAGUGGAUAAAAUCUGAAUAACUCAAAAAUGAAUCAAUACGUAUAUCGAUAGAUUUAUUAUUUUAAAACUCAUUUAAAGGAAAUGUGUAAAGGAAACUCACAGCUGUUUGAUCUUUCAAAUUAAAAGAUCCUGGACUUUUUAACCUGUAUUUCAUACCCUGAGUUGAGUCUUGCAGGCAUACAUCGACCGUCUCUUAUCUGAAGGAUUUGAUUGGUGGAGCUCGUCGUAACACCUGGAAGACUCAGUUCUGGGCAUUAAGCAGAUUGCUAAUAUAUACAGAAUCAAGUAACCUUGUUACCCAGAAUGUUUCUGGGGUAAGCAUGCUGCAGUUUGUCAGGUCACAUGACUCUGCAGUCAGCAGUGAUUGGUGCUUUUUAUUGAAGCUGAGGGGGCGUGGUUAAUAUAUAUAGCUGUGAUGUCAUCAAUACUCUGUGAUUCUUUACAGUAAUAAAACAUGCUGACAUCA